CAAAUCGGGCUGUGCGUCUCUGUGGCUGCGUUGCUCGCGGGUCGAGAAUACGAGCACCACCUUGUACGGGUCUGCAUGAAUUACAGGUACUAGGCAGCAACUUCCUUACCUCGUUCGUCUCUCUGUGUCACCCCGCUUCCCAUUUCAGAUGGACAAGGGAUACUUGUCGCGCUUCAGAUGCCCAGGAUUGUGACUUCAGCGACAGAGACAGGCCCAGUGAAAGCCGCCUGGAGGAAACCCAGAGGAACAAGCUGCUGUAAAACUCGUGUUUUGCUUUAGUGCUUGGAGAAAAGAUGGGACUCGAGGACGAAAUGGGGUUGACCUCUUUGCCAGUUUUUCUGCUCUGCCGUUAAAUCCGUUCAGGAUCGCUGCCAUCGUAGAAUUUCUUCAGGUGCUCGGUCGAUGCGCCAACUUUUCCGUAAACCAAUGCCUGUGCUGCAGACGUGGUUCAUUUAAACUGGACUAUUUUAUGCGUCCUCACUACAUGAUUUCCUCUGUUUUUAGCCGCACGAACUAGAAGAGGAAAAGACUCGUGCACAGGCCGGAUGCUGGCGCAAGAGGGACGGAUCAGCCGUUCGAGGGGCAGGCAGUAUUGGGCAAAGUGCGUACAGUCUCCAAAUUCUUUUCAGAUCUGGGCUUUCUUUUGCUCUGGAGCUUCCGCAUUCAAGUUUUCUUUUCAGUCCUUAUGCCUCUGUUUGUUUCCAUUUGACUCCUCUCCGGACAGACGUGAUUUUCCUCUCUUUUCUUCCCGGGAGGUUCGUCUCUCUUUGGGCCACUUUCAAGCCUGUCGCUCGGUAUUCAUACCUAGAGAUUCCUCUGUUUUCGAACAAGCGGGGACGAUCAUUGUCCCAGGGUCCACGUUUCUACAAAGAUGGAAAGACGUACACGUCCGGAUGUGUCGCCUCGCUGGCAAGCCCGGCGAAUUCACUUCGUCUGGCUGACGGCGUUGGCAGUCCCCAUUUUUCUGCUGUUCCCAUCGUUAUCACUUCUGGAGAGCACAUCUUCAGCCGGGUGUUCCGGUAUCCAAUGUUUUGCGAGUUUCCCUGGCGUCGCUGCUGGCUCAACACACUCUCGCGAAGGGGCGGACCCUUCGCCUCAAGAAACCCUAAUGCAGCCUAGACGUCUGAGUGGCAUCAUAAAGACGUUGGUUUUAUGGGAUCCAGUUCAGCGUCUGAUGCCGAGCUUGAAUUUGGACAGUGUGGUGUUUGUUGCGGGGAAGCAUAAGGCUGACCGAUCGGCUGCAUUUCACACGACAAUGGACGACGUAAUGACCCUGUUGUUGCGGUGGUUCAACGAAAAAGACAAACCGAAUUGGCUGCUCCAGGGCUUUGUCACGGAGGCUGCUUUGUUUCGGGAACACGUCCGGUAUCAGGACCAGAUGAUCCACGAGCAAACGCAGAAUCAAAGCGAACAGCAGCCGACAGACCCGCAGGCAGGCAUGGACAAGGUUUUGAACAUCGAGGUGUACACUUAUCUAGCGGGUGCGAAGCGACGUGUCAGGGACUGGAUUUGCGAUGGCAAUACGUUCAUGCGGACAGGCGAGGAAGGUUCUCAUGCUUUCAAGCAGCCGUUUCUAACGGAACGCGAUGUUGGUUUUCUCCGGGGUCUUCCGUACAAUGUUCUCCGUGUCGCGCGAGGCGUGUACUCCAAGCGUGUGCCGGCAUCGGUGAAACGUUUGCAGGAAGAGCUGUUUCACCGCGGCAUUCGCACGCUGAACGACCUUCUGCUGAAAACCAAUCUCAUGGAUCUCUUCGUUCUUUUUGACAUUAUGGACGAAUCAUUCACCCAAAUUGACGUUCUUCGGGAGUUCUCUAACAGGUGGAAAAAGUAUCGAGCGGAGGAGGUCGUUCCCCCCCUGCUGCCGCCAGGCAAAUGGGAGGGAGAACGGAGCAUAGAAGAACUCAUGCGCGACGACCACUAUCCGUCGAUGAAGUUCCCCAGAUGCACCAUGCUCAAGUGUGUGAUGCAGGACACUUGGUCAAAAAACGCCGUAGAGACGAUCACCGUCGAGAAAAAAGAUACGAAUUCUCUCAAGUUGCUUCUCAUUGGAAACACGGGCAUCGGUGAGUACAAGUCACGUGCAGAAAGAAAGGGUCUCUGGUACAAGUUGAAGCGAUUCCUGUGGACAAAUGAGUUCGACCAAACGGUUUCGGCACUCGCAAAGUGGCAUGCGGAAGAAAAGGCAGAUGCUGUCCUGGGUCUCGGGGACUUUCUCGGAAUACCUGGCCCUCUUUCAGCUCGUGACGAACGAUUCACAAAACGGUGGUACGACAUAUUCGUCAAGGAUGCCAAACUGGACAUCCCGUGGCUAAUGACGCUUGGAGAAGAGGAGGCGUUGGUGAACCCGUCUGCUUCUGUCCGACACCACUAUACGGGGGAACACCCUAACUGGUACAUGCCGAAUGAUGCGUACACCGCAACGUUCAGUUUCUCGACAAGCAUGACAAUGGCCAACGGUACAAUUCAGCACGAGGCCUUCAACGCGACCGUGAUCAACGUCAACACGUGGAAUCUCUUCGUAGGCAAUCCUAUCGCGAACAAUAUGCAGUCGAUGAUGGACCGCUUAAUGUGGCUGAGCGACCAGUUGUACACGGCCGUCAACCAGACGACGAACUGGCUGAUCAUCAUGGGCCACCUCCCGCUGGUGUCUACUGGCCCUCAAGGCGAGCAGGGGCGCCUGCAGUACGUGGAUGAUUUGUACAAGAACGGCCAGCCACGCGGGCCCGAGGCCGUUCUCAUCCAGAUGCUUCUGUCGCACUACCAGGUCGACUUGUACGUGUCAGCUCACGACCAUUUCAUGGAAUAUGUUGCAUUGGAAGAUUUGAGCAAGAACACAACUACCGCCUUCAUCACCAGUGGAGCGGCUGUGCGUCUUCUCGACAAAGAUGUCGGGCGGGGGUGGAUUGGACGGCUGCGUGGCGCACUGUACCCGAUUCUCUGCUGGUCUGGGAGGCGCAUCUUGUACGCGUUCCACCCUGGUGGGUGUCACCCGGAACGCUGGGAUCAGAAUCAAGCCUACCGGUUCUUUGCUCCCGUGAACAGCCAGUACAAAGUCAACAUCGUGGAGCGGGUCACGAAGGCCACGGGGUUUGCCGCAUUGCGACUCACUAAAGACUAUUUGGUCGCGGAGUUCAUUGACAGCCGGUCGAAGAAGCUUGCUGGUCGCAGGGCGAGCAAGCGGUCGAAUAAGGAUCAGCGCGAUAUCCAGUUCAUGGACCCUGUCGCUGAAGGUCGACUGCGGUAUGACGAGUUGGAAGCAGCGAGAAGCGCGUUUGCGGACGCAAAUGAGGAGCGCAUUAGCAAAGAGAUACAGUUCGCGCGACAAUGCCCCAUCCUUGCACAGCGGAUAAAAUUCUACCAAACUGAAAUCAACGAUCUGGUAUCCAAAUACGACCAGAUCGGGAAACAGAAAGAUGCAUAUGAGGUGAUGGACGACAAUACCAUUGAAAUACUGCUUUCUGAAGGGGUCAACGUCGUCUCGCGCAUCGCACAGGCCGUCUCCGAAAUGAAUGUCCUGGCUGGGGACUACGACAAGAUGGUAAAAAAGUACCGCGAACUCAUUGACCUAAAAGAUACCAUGCCUGCGGCUGAUGACCCCCGUUACGCCCAGUUGUUUCAACUUGAGAAAGCCUACAUCGAUGCUCGGAAGAUGCGGCAGCAGACAGCACGGGAACUUGCAGUCGGUCGCGAUGGCAUGCAGGACCGAGAGGGCGAGAAAGAUUUGGAGCGCAUGAUUCUCAAUAUGCAGGUGAUUCGGAGAGAAAUUGUUGCGGUCGAGAACGACAUAAAAGCGAACCCGUUUGUGCCUUCGGAAGAGCAGCCUGAAGAGGGCAAGGUGGACGUUAACGGUGCUGAAACGCCGGAAGGCGGUGAUGGUAAGGAGCCUCUGCCAGCAAUCAAGUAUCCUGAUGAUUCCUUAGAGGCACGCAUUGAGCGAAAGCGGGAGCAGCUGCAGAAGCACGAACGCUCGUUGUCGGCGUUGAAACGCGCUUCUCCAGAGGAUCGCGAAAAGAUCAAGAUGCGCAUUGUGGAGCUCGAAAGGCUGAUCAAGGGUACUCAAGAAGAACUGGCUGCUAUGCAACAGCGCUUGCAACGACAGCAGCAAGCCAUGCGUCCGUCUCGAGUGUGGCAGCUGCUUCAACGGAGACAGGAUCUCGAGACAAAGUUGUUGCAAAUCAAGAUUUUGGUAAACCAAGUGGAAAAGCUUCCGGAGGAAACGCGAACGUCGCCUGACGCCAGGGCACAGGUGGAGCGUCUCACUGCGCAACGAGUGAACAUUGAGAAAGACAUUCGCGACAUCAGUGACGAGCUGGGGACCCGUGAGCCGACGGAACUGGAGAAGCAGUGUCUGGACAAGAAAGCGAGCGUAUGGCGGGCCGAGCUCGUUCUGGCUCAAGAGUCUCUUCUUUCCGAAAAGCAGCGGUCUAUCCCUGUUGUUCGUGAUGCUGUGCACGCAGCGAAGCGAUCGAUUGGCGGACUGCGGAGAGAGCUAGAGGAACUCACAGAGAAAGUAAAAGUAGAGUUGCGUGAACGCGAUGCAGCCUUUGACGCAGGGCUGGAGGCGUCACGUGUCCCGCCACCAGAGGCAGAAGGUAGAAAGGUGACGCCUGUUCCGGCGCCUCACGUGCAGGCGAAUCUCGAAACGCAGGGCAGGUCACGCGCCGAUGCGCUCAUGCACGAAUUCAACGGCGGUGAAGAUGAAAUCGCUGUUAUCGAUGAGGCGAUUCGCGUCAGCCCACUUCUUAGUCCGGAGGAACGGGCAGAGUUAGAGAAGCUGGUUGGACCGGUUCAGGAUUUGCCGCAGAAGAAGGCAGAUCUGGAGAAACGGCUAGCUGCACUGAAGGACCAGGCGGAACAGGAAGCGCAGGAAGCAAACGUAGACCCUGAGGCGAAACGUGCAGGAAGUGGUUCGCGCCGGCUCUUCGAAUUGUUUGAACCGAAGAAAGAACCAACGCCUUACAAGCAACUCGAACCCAUCGAUCUUGGACCGGUUGACUCUUGCUUGCAAGUCCCGAUGCUGGAGUAUCACGUCGAAAUUGCGUUGCACCCCACUAUGCAGAAGUAUAUCAAGGACAAAUGCAUUUUCAUUUUUGCUCAGAUGGCAUACCAGACCCAGUACCGAGUGAUUCAGCCCGUCCAUUUAUAUCUGAGAAGUCACAAGGGCCUCCAGACGCUGCUGUACCGCGUGCCCUCCGUCCAUGUAUUCCGGGCGUGGAAUCAAUUUUUUGGCAGCAUGCACAACACACGUUUCAAGAGUCUUCUAAAGACGCUGAAGAAAGGUUUGAAGUUCGUGCAUGAAACGUUCAAACCGGUCGGGGCCAGAGGUGAGGCUCUCGAGGCGAGUUAGCACGAGGCAAUAACAGUAUCCUCGACAGAUGCGGGAGAGAGGGAAGAAAGCAAAGGAGAGGCGGAUCAAACGGAGUUAGCGCAACAAGAGGAAGAAGCGCAAUCUGAGGAUGAAGGGAAUCGAGAAGAAACGGCGAACCGAGGAGAAACAGCGGAUCAAGAACGAGACAUGAAUGAAGAAGAAGCAGUGAAUCAAGAGGGGGGAGCAAGUGAAGGGGAAGCGGCGAAUGAAGAAGACGGGCGAUACACGGACAACGAGAGACAGGAGGCGAAAGAAACAAGUGACAGGGAAGAUUCGACUGACGCAACGGAAUGAGGUUUCCUACCUCCCAGGUUCUCAUUCCCGUUUGUUAGUAUACUGGACGUAGUGUGUUUUAUGACGAUAAUUGGUUAAUGUUAUAGUGUGGCUCAUAUCAGGGUGUGUCUUAGCAAGGAGAGAGGAGCCAUUUCAGAAUUCGUGAUAUUGGCGUUAUGUAGUGAUCAAAAUUGUAAAGAGUCUCAGUCGCGAGAGACAAGCUCUAGCACAACUGCAUUUGGCGCUGUGGUGCGGAAUUGAAGAGUCAGGUACCUUCUACCAUGCAGCAUUGUGACACGGGUGUCUAGUAAACGCCGUCGCGACAGGGAAUUCAGGAUGCGCUUAUUCUGCUCGUAUUGUGACAAGAGAACGUGACGAUGCACUGUGGUGACAAAGGAUUUCAAUUGUCUGUCCAUAGAUGUAAAUCGGCGUCUCCGUUGCGCCGCGUGAGGGUGAUUUGCCGAGUCAACAAACAGGCGAGAAAAUCGAUAGUAAUGUGAAUAAAUACUUCACCGUGUUCGUCGUUGAUAUCAAGGGUGAGUGGGGCGUCUCAUGACGAACAGGCCUCCUGGUGGAAAUAAAUUUUCCUCUCCAACUUGUUGAUGCUCCUCACCUUCCAGUGAGAGCGUCAGAGACCGACCAAAACAAUCCCGUGUGCCCCAUACUUACAAAUGUGUUAGCAAUGCCGUUUUGACUCAGAACCUACCAGUGCGUAUGGAAGGUCUCGUUCCGUGUCACAGUUAAAUAUUUACGUGACAGGUUCCUAAGGGUGCCGCAGAUGGGAGUGGCAGCGUCACUUAUGAGUACUGGAUGGAUGGGUGUCAAACUCGUCUGAAUGAAAACAGGUUCACAAGAUGGUAGGGUUGUCAGUUUGGUUAAUCGUCCUGACAUCCCUCCAUCCAUUGAAGACUCGUCCCAUGUUGGUCCGCUCAACUGCCUACAAGCAACUGUUUAUGACCGCUGCGGUUCGCCCGAUUUGGGCUGAGCCAGAUUCAACGGUAGUAUCAGUCUUCAGGUUAUUAGUCUAGUUCUGUUCGCGAAUGUUAAAUAUGCACGUCUUUUCUAGUAUACUCCGAGCAUGUAUACGUGCAUAUCGUGGUUGUGUGGCUCCGAGGCCGAAAGGGUCACUGGAGGUGGGUUUGUCUCACGAAACGCUCGAUUUCGAACGCAGUCGUUAUCAAUAUGAAUGGGAUAGAGGGAGCAUACGAGUGUCGUGCGAUCGACCCUAUGUGUAUGAUUCAUUCACAUCUGUGGGAGUGGGACCAUUUUUUCGAAGAGGAUUAUUCUGAUUUGACGCUCCUGUAGCGUUUCGUCGUCGUGCUAAGAGAACUUUGAGGACCUACGAUGUCAAACUGCAGUCGACCUACAAAACUGAGCUCAAGUCCAUAUGUUGGUUGCAGACCAAGCUGGUGCUUAAUUAUCUGUCAGUGAAUCCCUGCUACAGCCACGGGUACAAUUAAAAGUGAUCAGUGGGUGUUGCCCAGGAAGGUAUACAGAGCAGAAAGAGACAAGGUGGAAGGCGUGCGCAUUUCAGAGUUAGACUCUACAAUUGCAGAAGAACACUUAAAAAAGGGUCACACACACACGUAAAUGUGAAUGUGUGAACUUUUAGCGGUAACAUCCCUGGGAGACAGAAAUAUAAUCAAACUGACUUAUUUGAAUAUGUUUGCAUCCGAUUAUUUGCCUUUAUAUGUUUUUAAAUCGUGUGGACGACAUUCUCUGCUACCAUGGGUGUGUGCCCACUGCCGUGAACUAGGACACACACUGAACUAUUGAGAGUUUGCGCAGUCACCGAGUCCGAGUACAAUAUUGAUCAGUGGUUUCUCCACCUUGUUUUUCACCGCACGCUGAGCCCUAUGUGUCGGCGGUGCUGUUCCCGUCACACUCGAUGAGAUUGGAGGCCACCAUCUGCGGACACAUCGGGCACCUCUACGUGCAAACCGAACUUUAGCGCUUCUAAUGGGGGCACAGAGCUCUGCAAAGCAUUACGAGCAUGAGUCCUGCUGGCAGUCGUCUCAUGUGAAGGGUUUAGGGCCACAUUCGGCAUAGGGAAGGAAGCUGUGGGGUCGUACUCAUGGGAACGCCACUGCUUUGAAAGUGAAGGGUCGUCAACGGGUGGCGAAGUUGACAGAAAAUUGACGUCAGGUGAGGAAAACGGUGACGCGGGCACUGACGCAGCAAUCUCAGCUGUAGGUGACGGUGGCCGGGCUACAUACGCACGCCGCAACAAGGCAGACACAAAAUCAC